AUGAAUGCCUCAACAGAAGGCGAGAGACCACGAGGACGUUCAACAACCAAAAGGAUAGAUCGAAUCAACAAAGAUGCAAUAGAGUACGUUCUCCCAUUGGCCGUGACUGCCUACCUGUACAUCCGGAUGUCGAGGAAGCUGCAGACCGAAGAAGGACCAAUGCCUGUAAUGAUGUUUGAAGGAGUGAGGCCUAGAGCUUCGGGCGGCUCCCAUGACUUCAGGUGA